CCCUGAGCACGGCCCAUGGCCUCCCCACGGCUCGGGACCUUCUGCUGCCCCACGCGGGACGCCGCCACACAGCUGGUGCUGAGCUUCCAGCCGCGGGCGUUCCACGCACUGUGCCUGGGCAGCGGCGCCUGCAGUCUGGCGCUCGGCCUCCUGCAGUUGCUGCCCCGGCGCCGGCCCGCGGGCCCCGACGCCCCGGCCACGGCCCCGCCGGCCUCGGCACGCGCCCCGGCCUCCGUCCGCAUCCUGCGCGCCGCCGCCGCCUGCGACCUGCUCGGCUGCCUGGGUAUUGUGUUCCGGUCUGCCGUGUGGCUGGGAUUCCCAAAUUUCGUUGACAACCCCGCUGCCGUGAAUGGGACAGACAUUUGGCCUGCUGUGUACUGUGUGGGGAGUGCGAUGUGGAUCCAGCUGUUGUAUAGUGCCUGCUUCUGGUGGCUGUUUUGCUACGCGGUUGACGCCUAUCUGGUGAUCCGAAGAUCGGCAGGGCACAGCACCAUCCUGCUCUACCGCCUCAUGGCCUGGGGCCUGGCCGCCCUGCUCUGCGUGGAGGGCGUGGUCCUGCUCUACUACCCUUCCGUGUCCAGGUGUGAGCGGGAUCUGGAGCAUGCCAUUCCCCACUAUGUCACCACAUACUUGCCGCUGCUGCUGGUCUUUGUGGCCAACCCCAUCCUGUUCCAAAAGACAGUGACUGCAGUGGCCUCUUUACUAAAAGGAAGACAAGGCAUUUACACAGAGAACGAGAGACGGAUGGGAGCCAUGAUCAAGAUCCGAUUUUUCAAAAUAAUGCUGGUUUUCAUUAUUUGUUGGCUGCCGAACAUCAUCAAUGAAAGCCUUUUAUUCUAUCUUGAAAUGCAAGCAGAUGUCAACGGGAGCUCUUUGAAACCUGUCAGAAAUGCGGCUAAGACCAUGUGGUUUAUUAUGGGGAUACUGAAUCCAGCCCAAGGAUUUCUCUUGUCCUUGGCCUUCUACGGCUGGACGGGAUGCAGCCUGCAGUUUCAGUCCCCCAGGAAGGAGAUUCAGUGGGAGUCCGUGGCGAGUUCUGCGGAGCGGACCUGCCUGGCCCCGGAGGGCUCCCGCGCGCCCCGUGAGCAUCCGACUUACAGGAAGGCGGCGCAUGACAGCAGGCACACCUCCGACGAGGCGCUGAGCAUGCUCUCUGAAGGUUCUGAUGCCAGCACAGUCGAAAUCCAUGUCGCAAGUGUGUCUCGCAACGAAAGUGAGAUUGACUCUGUUCCCAAACCCCAGGGAGCCCUGUGAGAGGGAUGGGACAGGCGCCCAGACACCGUGUGCUCAGGCUCUGCAUUUCUCGUUCUUUAGAACUGUGUCCUCCCCCAGAUCUUGUCAUCACCCUGUUAGGGUUUCUUCCCGAGGAAUCUCUCUGAUGAGAGAGGAUCCAUGAGCAUGACUGGGAACAGGGGGAGAAUUCCUUCCAGACCGGACACGGAGCAGCUUCUCCAGACUCUUAGCUGCCCUUGGUUUUUCGGAGGCUGGCUACUGUAAUGUAAAGGUCAGAUCCAGGUCUUUAGAAAAGUUAAUAAAAUAAAG